AUGCGGUUGGGGACAUUUAUGAUCGGUUUAAUAGCAUUUUUUGUCCAAUAUCUCGAUCUUACAACAGCACAACUGGCACAAAAUGAAAGUUUUUCAGCAGAGCGUAGUGCGAGCGGAGUGCGUAUAGUUGGCGGACAGGCAAUCAAUAUACGUCGAGUGCCGUGGCAAGCUGCCGUUCUAAGAAAUGGCAUUUUUAUAUGUGGUGGAUCCGUAAUAAGUCGUGAUUGGGUUCUAACGGCUGGUCAUUGUGUGGCCCUUGGCGGAGCAUUUGCUGUCCGCGCUGGCUCCACCUUUUUAUAUCGACACGGACAAUAUAGAGUGGCUAGGUUAGUCGUUCUCCAUGCAGCAUUCAAUCCCAAUACAUAUACCAGUGAUAUUGGUAUGAUACGUGUAAGGAACAGUUUUCAACUUACAAGGAAUCUCCGACCCAUUGCACUUGCUAGACGUGGACGAAGAUUGCCCCAACGGUUUUACGUUAGUGGUUGGGGUAGUGUCGCAUAUGGUGGCUCGACAACGGAUCGUUUGAGGGGCGUCACAGUUGCCAGAUAUAAUCGAAAUCAGUGUAUACAAAGAUAUCUAAGUACAGGUUUUCUAAUUACCAAUACAAUGCUGUGUGCUGGCCAACCUGGCAGAGAUGUGUGUCAAGGUGACUCUGGUGGACCAUUAGUUCGAAAUCGCAUUCAAUAUGGUAUUGUGUCGGUUGGAAUGCAGUGUUCAAAUCCACCCAGUGUUUUUACAAAUGUCAGGAUAAUGAACCAUUGGAUAAGGCGCAAUGUAAAUCGCUGGGGAGGAAGAAUGCCAAGAUUUAUGUAG